AUGUCAAGUAAAAAGGUAUUCAAGGAUUUUAGGACAAGCAUAUAUAAAGCCUCGGUACUGAAUAUAUUUCCUCGUGAUUUAAGACUCUAUCAUACUAGAAGUAUUGGUUCUGGUCCUCAUGGCGUUGAUCGAAGAACACCAUCAUUUAGGUCAGAUUUAAAGAAUAUAGAAGAAAACAGCAUUGCCAUAACAGACCCGUUUUUAUUAUAUCAGAACUAUGUUCAACAGGGAUUAUUGGAAAAGGAUGAGUCCCAAUUAAGAGUAAUGAAGGAAUUUCAAAAAUUGUACCACAGAGUUAUAGACUAUUCACCACCGGAGGAACUUCUGAUAAAGAUUAGUUUGCUUCUAAGAAAGAUCGAAUUAAAGCAUGCUGAGGCAGCUAUUAGAGAGCUGGGCAGGAAUGUGCCACAGUUAAAUCUAAGAUCUAUUCAAAACAUAUUUCGUAAAGAUCCUGAGGCGGAGAAGAGACAAUUGGUACGAACUAUGACAGACGAAGAGGAAUUAUAUAAUUUCGAAUCACCACAAGGCUUAUUGGUUAAUGGUGAGGUUGGAUGUGGAAAAUCCAUGCUUAUGGAUAUAUUUGCAGCUUCUUUACCUCAUAAAUCUAAAAUGAGAUGGCAUUACAAUAAUUUCAUACUAUGGGUUUUUAAUGAAAUGCAUAAGAUAAGAAAUGAAAGGCAUUUAACUAGUGUAAUGUCUAAUAAUAAGGCCGAACGGAAAAUGAGUAUGGAGAAUGAAUUUGUGUUGUUUGAAAUUGCUCAGAAAAUGAUUGAUAAAAAUACUAUAUUAAUGCUAGAUGAAUUCAUGUUGCCAGAUAUAGCAUCGGCAAAUAUUAUUAAGAUUUUAUUUACAUACUACUUCAAAUUAGGUGGUGUUCUAGUCGCAACAUCAAACAAAUUGCCUGAGGACCUUUAUUCAAAUGAUUUUCAUAAGACUAAAUUUAAAAGUUUUGUUGGCAUAUUACAUGCAAGGUGCCAAUCAGUUGAUAUGAGAUCAUCGAAAGAUUAUAGAUCUGAGUUUUCAAAUCUCUCUACAGAUCUGUACUUGAUAGAUAAGCUGUUGAAUGAGAACCACGAAAGAGACUGGCUAAAGUUGGUUAAAGUUAAAGCUUUGGGAAUUCCCGAAGAAUCGAUUAAAGUCACCGAUAAUAGUCCAUUAAACACAUUAGGUGGUACUCCUUCAACUUUAACUGUUUACAGUAGAACCACUCAUAUUCCCAUGACGUUCAAAAGCGAUACAGUAUGUUAUUUGGAUUUCUCGUAUAUCUGUCAAGGAUUAUUUUCAUCUUCAGACUACAUCACUUUGGCAUCUCGCUACAGAACUAUUAUUCUUGAUAAUGUCCCUAUGAUGACACUUAAAAUGAAAAACGAAGCCAGAAGGUUCAUUACGUUAUUAGAUGCGAUGUACGAGGCAAAAUGUCAAUUAUUCAUGCGGAGUGAUGUCGAAGUAGAUUAUUUGUUCUUCCCUGACCAGAUUGAGGGAAAAUUGCCAGAUCAUAUUCAAAGGCAAAGUGAUCUUAAUAAUAAUAGAUUGGACGUUCAAGAUGAAGAAAUGUUUGCAAGAACCACAAUUGACAUGAUGAACCCAUACAGACCAAACGUCUCAUCUUAUGAUCAAAAACAUACAUCAGCACAUACUGAACAUACAAAUGGACUCUUUGGAAGUGGAAAUGAUGAUCCUGACUCCAAACAUGGAAACCCUGUAAAUUUUAAAAACUUGAAGGCAUUCACCGGUGAGGAUGAAAAGUUCGCUUAUAAAAGAGCAGUACUGAGAAUAAAAGAAAUGGUUGGUUCAGAAACAUGGAAAAAUUCCAGCAGAUGGGUUCCCAUCGACGAGUCUAUGAGGCCAUGGGAAAAGAAAUCAUAUUCCAUCUAUGAUACUGCUUCAAGAGGUUCAAAUUUGGACAUUGGAACUGUGGAUAUAAAAAUUGACAAACUAAUCAAAGAUAAUAGAUCAGUGAGACAAAUUGCAAACAAAAUGCUUGUUGAUACUUUGCCCAAAGAUUUUUCAGAAGGCCAUGAUAUACCCUUUAGGCAAUUUAAUGCCCGUAUAGCUCCUGUGUUUGAUAGGUUGACUCAUUUCUGGUCAAUGGGAUCAUGGUCAUCUAAGCAAGGAAAGAGAUUAAAGGAUAAAAUUGCCAAGUCUUGGAUUAGAUCAAGUAUGAGAAAUAAUGAAUGA